UUUUGGAUUUGUCUAUCCAUGACUUUCAAAGCAGACGCGAACUUGGCUGAUCUGGUGGAGAUAUGCAUGCUCCCGGCUCUAAAAGAAAAUCUCGACCAGCUACGAUUAGAACCGGAACAUUUCGGAAACUACAGAGCACAUUUAAAAGCACACCUCCCGAUACUGUAUGAUUUGUUGCAGUCAACCGAGGAUACUUGGUUAAAUGGCGCGGACCCGGCACAAAAACAGUUGCGAGCAAAUCUUGUCUUGUUGCUUUGCGAGUUGACUGCAGUUAAAGACAUACUUGAACUCGAGAUUAGAGACAAAUUUGUUCUGGACAACGCUAAUAAAUUACUGAACAAAUUAUCACAACGGCUGGAUAGCGACGUGCAAGCACAGAUUAUCAAAUACUACGAGGAGAAACUGCACAAGGAUUGUUGGAAGCGUCAGCUUGGCGCUACUCAUGGGUUUAUCAGAUAUUUGGAAUGCCAGUAUUCAGCCUCAGAUGCAAGCAUGUCCACAAAUAUGAUGACCUUUACUUUAGCUGUGGGUUUAAAUGUCCGUGAAUGCUAUGAAAUUCUGUACAAGGAGCUUGGCGUGCGAAUUUUUCUUCUGAUGCUGACGCAUAACGACGCAACCAAGUUACAAGAUCUCAAUAUACACGGAGUGAUAUAUGAUGAUGUAUUUCGUGAUACGUACAACAUGGAUGGACACACGCUAGAAGGAAAAAAGGCUGUAUGGAAUUGUCUAUGUCUGUGCUUGGAUCAUUUCACAUUGAUGGAUCGGUUUGUGUGGAAUCAAUGUGACGACAUGCUUGAGCGCCUUUUACAUAUCAUUACACUCUCGUCUGGAGCCGAAACAUCGAUUUGUCUAUUGCCAUUUAUAACAAAGCUUUGCUACCACUUCAGCAUUAAUCGCAAUGAAAUUGAAACUAAGUUAGCAGAUGACCUUACACAGUCGGAAGCUUUAACAGAAUGUAGAGAAGUGUGUAUGGCGCUUAACUCAUACACCAGUUACCGCUGGGCUAAAAGCAUAUUGCAAAUGCUUGUAUUGGAGACGGAAAAACUCCUGCAAGGUAUUGAAAUUUGCUGUAGUAUGUUGUUGGAAAUGCUUCGCUGCUAUUUGGUAUGCAUCUUACCCAUACCAUUGCAAGUCAUACGCAUGCAUUUGCACGAGUUCUUUUACAAGUUUCCCAGUAGUUUAAUGGAGAGCUUAGCUGUGCAUAGUUUCGAACCCAGAAUUACAAUGCUCGUCAGGCAAUUCAUUUACACCUUUGUUUUUCAACUAAAAAAUGGGUCGUAUACCAAUCUUCCCGACGAUUUGCAAAAAUUUCUGAUUGCAUUCGAGAGUCUAAAAUUAAUGAAUUAAAACAAAUUGCUCAAAACGGUAUAUGCGAUUGUAGCCACAAUGGAAUGUGGAAUUAUAGCUGCUAAUGCCGGUUUUAGACCAAGGAAGAAACCUUUAUAACCAUGCCUUUGGAUUAAUGCUGCACAAACGUCUUUCUUCAUCGGAUACACUUCAUAAUCGGCGGUCAUAAUUAUUGUUUUAAUGGCAUCAACUGGCGUGAAAAUCAGUGAGAGAAUGCUUCCCGUUAGCGUUAGGGAAAUCAAACUAAUCUCCCACGGUUUAUCAUCCAGUUUGUGCAAUUUAACAAGCAAAUCUUGAAUCUUUGUGAGGUUAACAAACAUAUUACUUGUAUGCCUACACACGUAAAGAAUAAUUCUCAAACCGUAUUGUAUAUGGGAGGGGUCGCAACUGCCAAAGCGCAGCUGGUCAAAGCAUGGAGUUUGAAGCCGGCAAAGAUGUGUUUGAUGCCUCCCUUGUGGAACAUACAGAAACAGGCAUUCGCAAAAUUGACAUAACUGAAAGAAUUUUAAUUUGAAGUCAUAAAACAAGCAUGCUUGUAUAUGCCUAUACUUGCGUCGAUCAUACACAUUACGCGUCAAAUCUGUCUGACGAAUCAUAGCAUAUUUUACGAAAGGCGUUGCUAGCAUUCCAGAACAAAAUCCACUUAGCCCAGCUACGGCAUUGUUGUCGAAUGGCUUGAGUAUCGUAAUAUAUUGGCUGUGUUUCAGGUAGUGGAAGAACAUAUAUUGCGAA